AUGCGUCAUCUCCAGCCAGCGCUGCAGAUCCUCACACCCGCGGAUGUCACAUGGACACUUUGUUUCCGAUUAUUACACAACUCUAACAAAGUUACAAGUGAAAUGCGACUUCCUGUCAAGACCUCACUUCUCAGAGCAGAGGGGGGUCUGGUGCCAGCUGCUCUACACUGGGCUGGAGGUCUCCGGGGGGUGCACACAACACAGCUACUUUAGUGGCUGCAGAAGAUGAGAAGGUCCCAUGUCUGGAAGGUUCUCUGUGCAGUGUGCUUUGGCCUGUGCCUGGUGGUCACGGUCCUCCGCGGUCCCGCUGAUGUCGAGUGUCCAGACCCAUCGAACCCUUACCUCCAGAGAAGAGAAGUAGAGGACAACCGCUUGUUCGAUGUGAACCGGGACGCUCUGCAACGUCUUGACAUCCCCUACAAAUAUCUGCUGGGUUCUCAGUCUGGAACAAAAAGAUUCCUAUCCAUUGGUAUAUCUUCUGUGAAGAGAAAGAAAGAAAGUUACCUGCUGGACACAAUCCAGUCAAUCUUCAUCCACUGCAGCCAGAGAGAGCGGGAUGAAUUGGUGGUGGUCAUCUACCUGGCCAACACAAAGUACACCGAGAACCAGGACACCGCAGAGGAAAUAAAGAAGCAUUUCACUGCAGAGAUUGCUGCCGGUCAUCUGAUGGUCAUCAGCAGCUACAGCAAUGCCUACCCGCCUCUGGACGGCUUAAAGAGGAACUAUAAUGACCAUCCUGAAAGAGUGAGGUUUCGCUCCAAGCAGAAUGUGGACUAUGCCUUCCUAGUCAACUUUUGUGCCAACAUGUCUCAGUAUUAUCUUAUGUUAGAGGACGAUGUGACUUCUUCUAGGAAUUUCCUUUCCUCAAUUAGGAGAUAUAUCGAGCAGUACACCUCCCCAUGGACUACUAUAACCUUUUCUAACUUGGGAUACAUCGGAAAGCUGUACCACAACGAGGACCUUCCAAAACUGACCCGCUUCUUGCUCCUCUUCUACGACGAGAUGCCAUGCGAUUGGCUUCUAGACCUGUUUUACCGAUCCAAAGCUCAAGGGGGCAUUAUCCGAUACAAACCGUCUCUCUUCCAACAUAUAGGAACGUUUUCCUCCUUUCAGGGAACAUACAAUAAACUGAAAGACAAAGACUUUGUAGAAGUUGUGAAUCCAUUCGGCGACCAACCUCUGGCCGCCUGCUUCACGGAUAUUAAGGUCUACAAAGAUAACACUCCAGAUAACAUUUGUUCUCCGGGUCCCAGCUUCUUCUGGGGAAUUGAAAUCGACUCUGGCAAAUAUUUUACAAUGGUUUUUCAAAAACCAAUCGACAUUCAAAAAAUUGCCAUAAUUACCGGGACUCCAGAACAUCCCAAGGAUACGCUGAAAUUGGGUAAUGUUCAGAUAGGAAGACAAAAGGAGCAGAAAGAAGAAACCUGCAAAACAUUUACAAACAUUGGCCAGUUUGAAAAUGGAACAUUUAUACUUGAAAAUAUAGACCACGCUACAGGGGCAUUGAUAGACUGCCUCAAAAUUCAGGUUUCUGCACCCCAGGCUGACUGGCUGUUGAUACAAAAAGUAGGUAUUUGGGUCAGGAAGGAGAAGAUACAGAAUGGCACCUCGCCUCAUGAUGUUUCGGUCUCUAGGCAUCGAUGACAUCACCAGGAUACACUGUGUCAUCUGGCCUAUUUUCCCCUUCACAUGUGUGAAAUGCGUUAUAGUCAUCGCUGUAAAAUGUUGCAAUUUAAUAAAUAAAAAUUUACCUAUAAAAAUCGUGUGUAAAUAAACCGUUGCUGCAGCCUGGAAUAGAACAUGUCCUAUUCUUGUCCGCGGAUCUGCAAAACACGCUACGGACGUGUGAAUGGACCUUUAUUGUAACG